AUGUCCUCGCCCUUGAAGGUUAAUCCAGGGAAAAGUGAGAGGGCCCACGGUAGUCUAUCUGAUUCAUCAACAUCAACAUCAACAUCAGCAUCAACAUCAUCAUCAGCAUCAACAUCAACAUCAACAUCGCCUCCUACUGACUCCAGUUCUCCCACCACGGGACAGUCUACAUCUACAGAUAGUUCAUCUCAGACCACUCAGUCAACAUCGCCUUCUACUGUCUCCAGUUCUUCCACCUCGGAACAGUCUCCAUCUACAGAUAGUUCAUCUCCGACCACUCAGUCAACAUCGCCUCCUGGUGGCUCCAGUUCUCCCACCUCGGAACANGAUAGUUCAUCUCCGACCACUCAGUCAACAUCGCCUCCUGGUGGCUCCAGUUCUCCCACCUCGGAACAGUCUCCAUCUACAGAUAGUUCAUCUCAGACCACUAAGCCAACAUCACCUCCUGGUGGCUCCAGUUCUCCCACCUCGGAACAGUCUCCAUCUACAGAUAGUUCAUCUCAGACCACUAAGCCAACAUUGCCUCCUGGUGGCUCCAGUUCUCCCACCUCGGAACAGUCUCCAUCUACAGGUAGUUCAUCUCAGACCUCUGGGCCAACUCAGCCUCCUGGUGGUGCCAGCUCUUCCACAGUGCCUAGCAGUAGUAGCACAGGUCCCAGUGAUCCUUGCAAUCCUAACCCCUGUAAAGGAGCUGCUUCUUGUGUUAAGCUGCAUAGCGACAGCUUCUGCUUGUGUUUGGAAGGCUCUUACUACAACAAGUCUCUGUCAUCAUGUGUGAAAGGAACAACAUUCCCCGGGGAUAUUAGGAUGAUUGUGCCUGAAACAGCCAACUUGAAUGAUCAAAACUCUGAGGGCUAUCAAGAGUUGCACAACAAUGUUGUCAAAUUUUUUGAAAAAGCAUUUAGUAAGACUGACUAUGGACAGACUGUAAUUGUUAAAGUGAGCACAGUCCCUUCACGGUCAGCAAGAUCUGCAAUGCGUGAUGCUACAAAGGAAGUCAGUGUAUCAGUAGUUAAUAUGUUUGAAGCAGACACAACUGAAACUGAAACGAGUGUAACUUCUGCAAUCGAAACUGAAGCUCAGAAUGAUGACAACGUGAAAGGCUAUAGCCGUAUAAAUUUGUGUGAAUAUUACGGUUGUGUAGGGAAUGACAGCAGUAAAUGCCAGGACAUUUUACAAUGCACGUGCAAACCUGGGCUGGACAGGCUGAUCCCGCAGGUUCCUUUUUGUUUUGCUGCAACGUGCUUUCCGUCCUGCAAAUCAGAGGAUAAGGAGCAGUGCUUUAAGAGGGAUAACGGAGCAAUGGAGUGUGCGUGCAUGCCGGGCUACCAGAAGGCAAACGGGAACGGGAAGUGUGAAGAGUGUCCAUUCGGGUACAGUGGGAUGGAUUGCAAAGACCAAUUUCAGCUGAUCCUCACCAUCGUGGGCACCAUUGCCGGAGCCCUCAUCCUCAUCCUGCUGAUUGCUUUUAUCGUCUCCUCAAGGUCAAAGAACAAAAAGAAGCACGGAGAGGAGCAGAGGCUGAUUGAGGAUGACUUCCAUAACCUACGACUGAGGCAAACCGGCGGCUUCUCCAACUUCGGAGCUGACAAUAGCAUCUUCCCCAAAGUCAGAACGGGGGUCCCAAGUCAGACCCCUAAUCCCUAUGCAAACCAGCGCAGCAUGCCUCGCCCUGACUACUAGAAUGAUAAGAAUUUGGAACCCUCCCUAGCCCAGCCCACACAAGCUACGGUCUUAAGGACAAGGAGAAAUGGGCAGAG